CGGGGCUGGGCGGGGCUGUGCGCGGCGGGGGUGGCGGCGCUCACGCAGGAACACGAAUUGCUCUGAAGGGCUUAAGAUUGUGUGAAAAAGAUGUUUCCUUUAAAAGACACUGUGAUGGGUGCCUCCACCUUCUUUGCCUCAGCUCUGCCACAUGAUGUCUGUGGAAGUAAUGGGCUUCCUCUAACACCUAACUCCAUAAAAAUUCUGGGGAGAUUUCAAAUCCUUAAAACAAUCACCCAUCCCAGACUUUGCCAGUAUGUUGACAUUACCAGAGGUAAACAUGAGAGACUGGUUGUGGCAGCUGAGCACUGUGAAAAGAGUCUGGAAGAUUCGCUACGAGAAAGAAAGCCUGUCAGUUCUUCGAGGAUCUUAUGCAUAGCAUAUGAGGUUUUGCAAGGUUUACAAUAUAUGAAUAAUCAUGGAAUGGUCCACCGAGCACUCUCCCCUUGCAAUAUUCUUUUGGAUCGAAAGGGACACGUGAAGUUGGCUAAAUUUGGACUCUACCAUAUGACUGCUCAAGGUGUUGAUGUUGAUUUUCCUAUAGGGUACCCAUCGUAUCUGGCACCUGAAGUAAUUGCACAGGGAAUAGGCAAACCAAGUGACCACACUCAGUGUGAGAAACCUCUGCCUUCUGGUCCUAAAUCAGAUCUGUGGUCUCUUGGUAUAAUAUUAUUUGAGCUUUGCAUGGGGAGAAAAUUAUUUCAGAACUUGGAGAUAGCAGAAAGAUUGAAAUUUAUACUUAUGUUAGGCUGUGUAGAUGAUAUUGUAACUGUAUUGGCUGAAGAACAUGGUUGCCUUGAUAUUCUUAAGGACCUUUCUGAAAAUAUCAUCACUCUACUGAAGAAAUGCCUUACAUUCCAGCCUUCUAAGAGACCAACUCCAGAGGAAUUGCUACAUGACAAUUUGUUCAGUGAAGUAUCCUUACUAUAUCCUCCCUUCCACAAACCUGCUGGUCUGUUCUCAUCUUCUUCAAGAUGUGCCAAUUUAACACUACCUGAAGACAUAAGUCAGUUAUGUAAAGAUGAAGAUAAUGAUUACCUAGCAGAAAGAUCAAUUGAAGAGGUUUAUUAUCUCUGGUGUUUGGCUGGAGGAGACUUGGAGAAAGAACUUGUCAACAAGGAAAUAAUUCGAUCAAAGCCACCUGUCUGCACACUUCCCAACUUUUUGUUAGAAGAUGGUGAGAGCUUUGGGCAAGGACGAGAUAGAAGUUCCCUCCUAGAUGACACAACUGUGACUUUGUCUCUGUGCCAGCUCCGAAAUAGACUGAAGGAUGUUGGUGGAGAAGCAUUUUAUCCAUUGCUUGAAGAUGACCAGCCAGCUUUACCUCAUUCCAACAGUAGCAAUGAGCUCUCUGCAGCUGCUACUCUUCCUCUGAUAAUCCGGGAGAGGGACACAGAGUACCAGCUAAAUAGAAUUGUUCUGUUUGACAGGCUGUUGAAGGCCUACCCAUACAAGAAAAACCAAAUUUGGAAAGAAGCCAGGAUUGACAUCCCUCCGCUUUUGAGAGGCAUAACCUGGGCAACCUUGUUGGGUGUUGAGGGUGCCAUAGAAGCAAAAUAUGAUGCCAUUGAUAAAGACACACCGAUUCCUACAGACAGACAAAUUGAAGUUGAUAUUCCUCGCUGCCAUCAGUAUGAUGAGCUGCUGUCAUCACCAGAGGGUCAUGCAAAGUUCAGACGUGUAUUGAAGGCCUGGGUUGUUUCCCAUCCUAAUUUGGUGUACUGGCAAGGUCUUGACUCUCUCUGUGCACCAUUUCUGUACUUGAAUUUUAACAAUGAAGCUCUGGCAUAUGCCUGUAUGUCUGCUUUUAUUCCAAAGUAUUUGUAUAACUUCUUUCUGAAGGAUAAUUCUCAUGUUAUUCAAGAGUACCUGACGGUGUUUUCCCAGAUGAUUGCAUUCCAUGAUCCAGAGCUGAGUAACCACCUCAAUGAAAUUGGUUUUAUUCCAGAUCUUUAUGCAAUUCCUUGGUUUCUUACAAUGUUUACACAUGUCUUUCCUUUGCACAAAAUUUUUCACUUGUGGGAUACAUUGCUGCUUGGAAAUUCCUCCUUCCCAUUCUGUAUUGGAGUUGCCAUACUUCAACAGCUGAGGGAUCGUCUUCUGGCUAAUGGAUUCAAUGAGUGUAUUCUCCUCUUUUCAGAUUUGCCAGAGAUUGAUAUCGAGCGCUGCGUUCGCGAGUCCAUCAACCUGUUCCGCUGGACCCCGAAGAGCGCCACGUACAGGCAGUAUGCGCAGCCGCCCCGGCCAGCUGUGGAGAGUGGCGGCGCCAGGAGCUCCCUGUCCUGCUUGUCCACCGACUACCAGGAGGCUCCUCGGGGUGACCUGUCUAGGGACUCCAUCAAGUUGGAUGAUCUGAAGGCAGAGGUGUCCCCACGAAUUUCAGCAGAAGAUCUGAUUGACUUGUGUGAGUUGACAGGACCUAGUCAUUCCAAAACACCUGUAAAGAAAACAAAACCUAGCAAGCCAAAGCUGCUGGUGGUGGACAUCCGUAACAGCGAAGACUUUAACCGUGGCCACAUUUCUGGCAGCAUCAAUGUCCCUUUUGCAUCAGCAUUUACUGCAGAAGGAGAUCUCAUCCAGUGCCCAGCAACUGCCACGCUGCAGAGCUUUAAAGGAAGAGUUGUGGUGAUUGUAGGAAAUGCAGUGAAGAACACAGCUGCUUUUGCAGCUCAUCUAGUGAAAAACAAGUACCCAAGGGUCUGCAUCCUUGAUGGAGGGAUCAACAAGAUCAAGCCAACUGGUCUCCUCACUGUUCCUUCUCCCCAAAUCUAAGUGACUGCAAACAUUUAGGACAAUCUGAAGAGGAAAGUCCUACCUACAACACAGAUAUCCUGAACCUAAAGGGCAUUAUGGCAUCUUCACAAGCUAUCCUGAUGAUCAGUGUCUUAUCCUUGAGCUGUAGAGCCCAGAAGUUUUGUGUUUGUUCUUUACUGUAGAACUUCAGUUGGAACUGAUCCAAACUGAAGCUUUAAGCUUUCCAAGAAAGCUCUUUCAGCAUUGAUGCAGUGCAGAAGAGCUUAGGCAAGUCUGAACAUAGAGAGAGGAACUCAUCUGGAUUUUGUAGCUUGUAUUUCUGUGGAACAAAAUUAACUGGCACUUGAUGGCUCCAAGGUGCACUGAGAUUUUUUGAAAAAGUGUUUUACUGUGAAUAUUGAGAGUAGGAAAUAUUCUAUGCCGUGUAUAUUCUGUGAAAAAGUGUGUUCCCUAAUACUUGAAAAGUAAUUGCUGUAUCUUCUGACCUGCUUUAUUUCUGACAAAGUGUUUUUUUCAUCUGUUUUGUAAAUAAAGAUGUGUCCCAAAGUGAAAGUCA